AUGAGUGACGGAGCUGGAAAGCGAAAGCAGGGCCCAGGAGGCAAUGGCCCAGCCACCAAGAAGAGCAAAGGAGGCAGUGGUGGUAAAUGGCAAACGCCACACCAAAAAGCCAGGAAAACUGAGCAGGUCGAGCUUGGAAGGACUUUGGAGGUCAACGAUGCUGGAAUCUGGGUAACUUACGCGAGAGGAAUGAAGGGCAAAGCGAUUACGGAGUUUAAGAACCUUUGUAACGAGUACGGACAGUCACUGUUCGGAGUGAAGCCCCCGAACGAGGAUGGAGACAAGGACGAGGAUGAUGAAGAUUCCGGUGAUAUUGAGGCGUCUAUCGAGAAGGAGUUGGCCAGCAUGGCACAGCCAAAGCCCAAGGCGAAGCAGACCUUCACACCCAUUGGGACUGGCCUCGACUGCGUCUUCUUCAUGAAGACCGUCAAGCCCGUUGAUCCUCUCAAGCUUGUUACCAAGGCCUCUCAGGAUGCCAAGGACUGCCCGGAUCCUAUGCAACGCAAGACCAAGUACAUCAACCGCUUGACGCCUAUCUUUGAUACGGACAAGGCGACAGACAAGGGUAUUGAACGCGUGGCCCGCAGCGUGAUGGAGCCUCACUUUGAGCUCAAAAGCGCUUCCGCAGAGCCCGCUGCAUCAGAGCAAGAUGGUGAGGGGUCUGCAGCCUGCACGUACGCCAUCAGGUAUAACAUCCGGAAUCACACCGCCUUCAAGUCGAGCGAGGUGAUCAAGAAGAUUGCGGACUUGGUCAGCCCUAAGCACAAGGUCAACCUGACGAGUCCCGACAAGGUGGUAUUGGUUGAGAUUUUCCAGACGUUCUGCGGAGUCUCGGUUGUUGAUGGCAAGGAGAGCGAGGAGCUGAAGCGUUACAAUCUCAAUGAGCUGUACAAGGUAGCCCUGGAGGAUAAGAAGCAGAAGGGAAAGCCUGAAGGCGAGGGAGUCGCGGAAUCAACGUAA